AUGAAGUCUCCCUCUCUCUCUGCCACAGCGCAAAGCAUAAGUAGCGAGAUGUCAGCCCUCUUUGGCCAUCGAUCGGCAAUUCAGGUCAUUCUCCCCUCACGAGGCUUUGCGAGUACGUCUCUGGCGCUGGCAGGCUACAAGAUCAAGACGCAUAAAGGCACGGCGAAGAGAUGGACAGCUCUUGCGUCAGGUCUUUUCAAGCGUGGCAAGGUGGGAAAGCGACAUCUCAACGUGACACUCACACCAGAACGACGUCAGAGACUGGGCGGCAUCGCGUAUGCCAACGCUUGGGAGACGAGGCAUCUGCGCAAACUGCUGCCCUACUACAAGUCCGCCUGA